AUGAAGAUUAAUUUAUCCGUCGGCAAAAAAAGUAGAGGCGAGGGGGCGGGACAACGGACGGACAAGGAGGAAGGCACAUCGAAUGGGGAAUUGAAAAAGGAAAGUCGCGAAGGUGAUCGAAAAAGCGAUAAGGAGGGAAAGACCACAACCAAAGAAAAAAGUAUGAAGAACAAAAUAGGGGAUUUGUUCGCAACCUCAGAUGAUGAAGAGGAACCAUACGAACUGGAGAACAACCAAAAUAAAAAAUUAAAUGAAGAAAAAAAUAAAAAAAUCGAAAAAGAAAUAAGAGAGUAUAUUUAUGAGCACGAAAAUCCGGGCGAAACAAACCCAAGGGAGGAAUUAAAAAUUGACCACACAGACAACAAGAAGAAAAUUCGCUACCUGGGUUAUAGGGGGGAAGAGUUGACCAAGCUGCAUGAGGAUAAAGUAAACGAAUUGAGGGGGAAGAAGCAGUAUGGUCCCACCUAUAAGGAACAGGGAGAGAGCAGAAGCGACCAUCGGGGUGAUGAUAGGUGCAGGGAGAAACGAUCGAAGGAAUAUUUGCCGAAACGGCCAAGUGAAAGAAAAAACAGAGAGAGGGAAGACACAGCAGAAGCCAAAGACGAUAUGGAGAAGGAAAUCCGUAUCGAUGAUAUUUUCAAGAAGAAGGAGAGCGAGCAGAAGGGCAAGUCCAAAUACAUGGACGCCCUCAUCGGUAGCGCCAAACGAAGGGAAUUGGAAAGGGAAAUGUUGAUCCAAAAAAAACUCAAAAUUGAUACAUCCAAGGAAGAAAAAGUUUUUAUAACCAAGGCGUAUAAAAAAAAAAUGAUGGAUAGGGAACUAAUUAGGAAGGAUAUGGAGCUGGAAUAUCACCAGGUGCAGGAUGAAAAUCGGCAGUCCAACUUCAACCUGAAUUUGUUUCUUAAAAAUAUUAACGCGCCGUCGAAUUAUAAUCGGUCGAAUAGGCGUCCCCAUGGUGAGAAGUAA